AUGAAGAUUGCCGUUCUGUUUCUCGUAUUUUUGGCUGCGAUUGUUUUUGCAACUUCCAAUCCAGACUCGAACUCGAAUUCAGAAUCUGAUUCGAGAGUUUCCAAAUAUUUGAAGCAAUGUGGAUUUUUGAAUUCGGUCAAAACUGCGAAAUGCGUCUACGUAUGUUUUUAUUUUAUUUUUAGAAAUUAUUAUCAAGUAUCUAGAUUAUCAGUAAAAAUUUUUCAGGAUAGCAAGAAAAUCAAGGAAGAGUUGAGAGAAUUAGCCAAAAGAAAAGAUCAAGAUUAUAGCAAAGUAAGAGAUGCUUGUCAAAAAACAAUGGAUUGCAUUUAUGGUUUGAAGUGUAAACCAGCGGAAGAUGAUAACAAAGACAUGUUGAAUCUUUGUUGGACGGCAACUUUUGAAACACGAUUUACUGAUUGUCGCAAAAAACUUGCAGCAACUAAAGGUUGUUCAGCUGAUACCAAAAAUGUGGGUGAUUUGUUCAUUUUUUUAUCACAAAAUUGUUUCAUUAAAUGAUAACUUUUUUUCUAGAAAUCAAUUGUGGAGAAUUGUAAGAUCCUCAAAGAAAGCAAAGAAUGCAUGAACACAAAUGUUAAAACACACUGUGGAGCUGAAAAAGCAGCGGAAUAUUCGAGAUUCGUCAAAGAAGCCUAUGCAUCGAGCAGCUGCCCAAAAUUGACUGGAAAAGAAUUUUAA